AUGCAACCCUUCCCCUCUGCGGCGGGACGGCAGGCAGGACCACAGCACCCAGCGUGCACCGCGCCACGCUGCCCCUUCCGCUCCCGGCCAGCCGCCGCGCUGCACGCCGGGAGCUGUAGUCCAGCCGGAGUUGGUCAGGCACGGUGCCUCCCUCCUACCGCUCCCGGUCUCUCCUCCCCGCCCCGCCGGGUGUCCCUCCGUAGACGGAAGCCGAGGAGGGAUCGAGGGAGCCGGGGAGGUCGGAGCGGCGCGAUGGGGGACUCCAAAGUGAAGGUGGCGGUGCGCGUCCGCCCCAUGAACCGGCGAGAGCUUGAUCUGCAUACAAAAUGUGUGGUGGAUGUGGAUGCAAACAAGGUUAUUCUUCAGCCCGUAAACACCAACCUUUCAAAAGGAGAUGCCAGUAGGACCCAGCCAAAGGUGUUUGCUUACGAUCACUGCUUUUGGUCUAUGGAUGAAUCUGUCAAAGAAAAAUAUGCAGGUCAAGAUGUUGUUUUCAAGUGCCUUGGAGAGAAUAUUCUUCAGAAUGCCUUUGAAGGCUACAACGCUUGUAUCUUCGCCUACGGGCAAACUGGAUCUGGAAAAUCCUACACAAUGAUGGGAACUGCUGACCAGCCAGGAUUAAUCCCUAGACUUUGCAGUGGACUCUUUGAAAGGGCACAGAAAGAGGAAAACGAAGAGCAGAGUUUCAAAGUGGAAGUGUCCUACAUGGAGAUAUACAAUGAGAAAGUCAGAGAUCUUCUUGACCCAAAAGGAAGCCGUCAGUCAUUAAAAGUUAGAGAACACAGUGUUUAUGGUCCUUACGUAGAUGGCCUGUCCAAACUAGCUGUUGCUAGCUACAAGGACAUUGAGUCCUUGAUGUCCGAGGGCAAUAAAUCUCGAACGGUGGCUGCAACCAACAUGAACGAGGAGAGCAGUCGGUCCCACGCAGUCUUCAAGAUUAUCCUCACCCACACACUCUACGAUGUACAAUCAGGGACCUCGGGUGAGAAGGUGGGCAAACUGAGUCUGGUGGACUUAGCAGGUAGUGAAAGGGCAACUAAGACUGGUGCUGCAGGAGACAGGCUGAAAGAAGGGAGCAACAUUAACAAAUCUCUUACAACUCUUGGGCUGGUUAUUUCUGCACUGGCAGAUCAGGCUGCUGGCAAGAACAAGAACAAAUUUGUUCCUUAUCGUGAUUCUGUGCUGACUUGGUUACUUAAAGAUAGCCUUGGUGGUAACAGCAAGACCGCCAUGGUAGCAACGGUGAGCCCAGCAGCAGAUAACUAUGAUGAGACCCUUUCAACGCUGAGGUACGCAGACCGGGCCAAGAACAUCGUUAACCACGCGGUGGUCAACGAAGACCCCAACGCUCGCAUCAUUCGGGAGCUCCGGGAGGAAGUGGAGAAGCUGCGGGAACAGCUCACAAAAGCAGAGGCUAUGAAAUCACCAGAAUUAAAAGAACGAUUGGAGGAGUCGGAAAAGUUGAUUCAGGAAAUGACCGUGACCUGGGAAGAAAAAUUAAGAAAAACGGAGGAGAUAGCACAGGAGCGUCAGAAACAGUUGGAAAGUCUUGGCAUAUCUCUUCAGUCUUCUGGAAUAAAAGUUGGGGAUAAUAAGUGCUUCCUGGUUAAUUUGAAUGCAGAUCCAGCUCUCAAUGAACUUCUGGUAUACUAUUUAAAGGAGCACACAUUAAUAGGCUCGGACAACUCUCAAGAUAUCCAGCUGUGUGGAAUGGGAAUUCUUCCUGAGCACUGCAUUAUAGACAUCACCCCAGAAGGACAGGUUAUGUUAACACCUCAAAAAAAUACUAGGACAUUCGUAAAUGGUUCUGCUGUCGUGUGUCCCAUCCAGCUACAUCAUGGAGACAGAAUACUGUGGGGAAACAACCACUUCUUCAGGCUGAAUUUGCCAAAGAAGAAAAAGAAGGCUGAUCAUGAGGAUGAAGAGCGGGACAACUCCAUGAAGUGCAGCAAUAGUGUUGAGCAGCUGGACAUAGAUGGGGACAAUUCCAGUGAAGUGUCAAGUGAGAUUAACUUCAGUUAUGAAUAUGCCCAGAUGGAAGUCACGAUGAAGGCACUUGGUAGUAAUGAUCCCAUGCAGUCCAUCCUGCAAAGCCUGGAGCAGCAGCACGAGGAGGAGAAGAGGUCGGCGCUGGAGCGGCAGAGGCUGAUGUACGAACACGAGCUGGAGCAGCUGCGAAGGCGGUUGUCGCCGGAGAAGCAGCAUUUCCGCAGCAUGGACAGGUUCUCCUUCCACUCCCCCAGCGCCCAGCAGCGCUUACGGCAGUGGGCAGAGGAGAGAGAAGAAAUGUUGACCCACAGCCUGAGGAAGCUGCGAGAGCAGAUUGUUAAAGCCAAUUUGUAUGUGAGAGAAGCCAAUUUUAUUGGAGAGGAAUUGGACAAGAGGACAGAGUACAAAGUUACCCUCCAGAUCCCAGCUUCAAGCCUUAAUGCUAACAGUAAGCGAGGUGCAAUUCUCAGCGAGCCUGCUAUUCAGGUGAGAAGGAAAGGGAAAGGCAAACAGAUUUGGUCACUGGAAAAGCUGGAAAACCGAUUGGUAGAUAUGAGGGAUCUUUACCAGGAGUGGAAAGACUGUGAGGAAGACAACCCAGUGAUGAGGGCUUACUUCAGGCGCGCUGACCCGUUCUACGACGAGCAGGAAAACCACAGCCUUAUUGGAGUAGCCAAUGUUUUUCUUGAGUGCCUGUUCUACGACGUGAAGCUGCAAUACGCUGUUCCAAUCAUCAAUCAGAAGGGAGAGGUAUCGGGUCGUCUCCAUGUUGAAGUUGUUCGAGUGAGUGGAGAGAUAGACGACAGGUUGGUUGGAGGUGAGGAUGGUCCAGACUAUUCCAAUGAAAAUGACACUCAGGAGAGAAAACUUGUCUGCAGGAUUAAAAUACUCCAGGCUACAGGUUUGCCACAGCACCUCUCCAACUUUGUGUUCUGCAAGUACACCUUCUGGGACCAACUGGAGCCAGUUAUUGUUGCACCUGAGGUGGAUCCUUCCUUAUCUUCCGUCAGCAAGGAGCCACGCUGCAUGGUUGUCUUUGAUCACUGCAAUGAAGUUUCUGUAAAUAUUUCCGAAGACUUCAUGGAACAUCUUUAUGAUGGUGCUUUGGCAAUUGAAGUCUAUGGGCACAAGCAGAGCGGCGACCGCAAAAAUCCAGCCCUCUGGGAUUUGGGAAUAAUUCAAGCCAAAACACGCAGCCUUCGUGACAGGUGGAGUGAAGUAACCCGAAAAGUAGAACUCUGGGUUCAGAUCCUGGAGCUGAAUGAGAAUGGGGAAUACUGCCCAGUUGAGGUGACUCCUGCCAAGGAUGUGUGCACGGGGGGCAUCUUCCAGCUCAGACAGGGGCAAUCUCGACGAAUUCAGGUUGAAGUGAGAUCUGUGCAGGAAUCUGGGACCUUGCCACUGAUGGAGGAAUCAAUAUUAUCUAUUGGCAUUGGCUGUGUUCAAAUAAAACAAGUCAAAUCACAAAAAGGACCUGAAAAUUAUCAGGAAGAAGAAGACGAAAUGGACAGUUACCAGGACAGGGAUUUGGAGAGGCUCCGUCGGAAGUGGCUGUGUGCCUUAACAAAGCGUCAGGAGUAUCUUGAUCAGCAAUUGCAAAAACUCGUUGGGAAGCCUGAUAAAACAGAAGACGAUGCAGAUCGGGAGGCUCAGCUUUUAGAGAUGAGGCUGACGCUCACUGAAGAAAGAAACGCUGUGAUGGUUCCUUCUGCUGGCAGCGGCAUCCCUGGAGCUCCAGCCGAGUGGACUCCUGUGCCUGGUAUGGAAACGCACAUUCCUGUGAUUUUCCUUGACUUGAAUGCUGAUGACUUCAGUUCCCAAGAUAACCUCGACGAUGCAGAAGCGGGUGGGUGGGACGCUACUCUGGUGGCAGAAGAGGAGGAGGAAUUCUUUGAACUGCAGAUUGUGAAGCAUCACGAUACUGAGGUGAAAGCAGAAGCCUCAUGGGAUUCCACAGUCCACGACUGUAUCCAGCUCAGUAAAGGAACGGCAGCGGAUGAAAGAGUUUACCUCAUCGUGAGAGCCACCGUCCAGCUCAGCCACCCCGCCGAAAUGCAGCUGGUGUUACGCAAGCGCAUUUGUGUCAACGUGUAUGGCCGACAGGGUUUUGCACAGAGUUUCCUCCGAAGAAUGUCUCAGAGAAGUUCUAUUCCUGGCUGUGGUAUCACUUUUGAGAUAGUCUCAAAUAUUCCAGAGGAUGCUCAAGGAGCUGAAGAGCGGGAGGCACUGGCCAGAAUGGCAGCAAACGUUGAAGAUGCAGCUUCAGCUGACUCAGAAGCCUAUAUUGAGAAGUACUUGCGGAGCGUGCUGGCCGUGGAGAACAUCCUCACCUUGGAUCGUCUGCGCCAGGACGUUGCUGUAAAAGAGCAGGUAAUGGGAAAAGGAAAACUCUGCCGCAGGAGCCUGAGCUCUCCCAACGUGAAUCGGCUUUCCGCAAGCCGCCAAGAUUUAUCUCUUCCCUAUAACCUGAGCAGUAACCGGAGUCCAAAGGUCCCAGCAGAGGGCCGAUGGGAGAGUCAGCAAGAUGUAUCCCAAGGUGUCACAAAUUCCAGUAGAGGCAUCAGUCCAUCUCGUACCUCUCUGCCAGGCUCUGGGCAGCAAAACCACUCUCCUGAUACAGGGAUUGGUAGCCUUGCUGCUUCCUACCUAAACCCUGUCAAGUCCUUUGUGCCUCAGAUGCCAAAGCUGCUGAAGUCUCUCUUUCCUGUCAGAGAUGAGAAGAAGGGCAGGCAGACCUCUCCUCUUGCACAGCAGGCCGUCCCACGAAUUAUGGUCCAGUCUGCUGUUAUUGAUGCCACUGCUGCCAAGAUAAAACAGAUUCAUCAAGAGGGAGUAGGGAAGCAGCCAUUCGAAACUGUGGUGCAGACGCCUGAGGUGGACAAGAGUCCAGAAAAGCCCCCCAAAGUGCCUUUGCAGCAGCCCACAGGAGACACCCAGGCGCAGGACUCCCAGGAGGGACCUCCAAGUCCUCUGAGCGAAGCCUCCAGCGGGUACUUCUCUCACAGUGUCUCCACAGCCACCCUCUCUGAAGCCCUUGCAGCGGGAAGUGAUGCUGUGGCUCAAGCAGGAGGCCAGACGCCUGCAGCGAGUGACCUCCCAGCUCCUGCUGGGGCUCAGGUCUCUUCUUCUGACUUGCCAGGGCACUCGGACAGCUCUUCAGAAAGCUGUCUCGGUACUAAGAGAGAGAACCUGCCCACCUUCAGCCUUCAGAGACCUAAAGACAGCGCUGAAGUGAAUGGAAACGAUGCUUUGAAAUUGAAAUCUUGCACGUCUCCCAUGACUCCAAGUGAGCAGGCCUCUGUGGCCACCGAUGCAAAACCCUUUCUUUCUACCUCCACUCCAAAGAAGGAGUCGUCACCCACGCAAUCGACGGAGUCAGCAGGGCUGGCUAGGAAAAAAGAAAUGGCUUCUGGAGCUUCGGAACUGGGGUUUCCCAAACCACAGAUCCAUCCUGACCAGUUGUCCCAGCCCGGCGUCCCAGCCUCCCCUUUCAAAAUCCAGAAAGUCAAGACAUCAGAGCUGAAGUCCUUCACAAGCAUGUUGGGGACAGAUCCCCCGUGUUCUCUCAACACAGAAGAGCAGCAGGAAGGAGAGAAGAGCAUGUCUGCUGCCCGUGGACUGAACCAUAAUGGGUCAGAGCUGGCAGAAGAAAAGCUGGAGGUGAAUUCUGACUCCGAAGAUGCCAAUGAAAUUCCCGAGUGGCUGAAAGAGGGAGAAUACGUCACAGUUGGCGCAAAUAAGACUGGCACCGUUAGAUACAUCGGGCCCACAGACUUCCAAGAGGGAACGUGGGUUGGUGUGGAACUGGAUUUACCUUCAGGUAAGAACGACGGGUCCAUCGGAGGGAAGCAGUAUUUCAGGUGCAACCCGGGCUACGGUUUGCUGGUGAAACCGGGCAGAGUCAAGAAGGCCACGGGGCCGGCGAGACGGCGAAGCACCGGGCUGAGGCUACAAGGAGGAGCCACCACCGAGAACAGGAGGAGCGGCAACUUCUCCGGCUCAACCUCCAACCUGGCAUCGCUCACGGCCCUGGCGAAAUCAGAAGGAGGAUCCACGCUACGACCAGAGAAGAGCCAGAGCCAGAAGAACGUGGAGAACAGGAAAUCCUGGGCAAACUGAGAUGGCCCUUUCCCCAGCAAACGCCGCCCAAGAGAUCCAGGGGAGAGCAAGGUUCUUCUGCCUUCGGGAGGCUGAACCGACCACAGGAAGGUCUCGUAUGUGGCCAACACUAAUGAAGGGGGUUUCUUCUCUGCUUUGGGUGAUUGACAUGUUAAUUCCUUGCCUUGUCACGGUGCUGGAGCUGUGUCCUUCAUUUCCUGUUACAAGUUGGGAGGCGUCAGGGUAUGGCUGAUGGCAACCAGCAGGUGUGAGCUCUGCUCCCUUCACCUUCCAGAGAUGGGAGGGACGUGGAAAUUGUUCAAAUUAUGGCAUGGUUUUCCAAUAGCUCCAAAAUACUACCUGCUCACUGGCAAUUCUUGAAAAAAAUCCUCCUCAAAAAUAACGGUUCUUUUUUAAUUUCAUAAGAGCUGUGUCCAUAUCGCGUAGUACAUGGUGAAAGGGCAAGGUUAUAACAAUUCCAGACAGGUAGAGAGGCAAACGUAAAACUUCAUUUUGAAUCAAAGUACCCCCAAAACCCUUUAUUUAAAAAUAAAUGGGACCAGUGCCUGUUUUGAUUACUGUCCUGUUGUCCCUCUCUCCUAUGGAAAUCAGCACAAUCUUUCCAGCUGAUUUGUUGGGAACAGCAGAGGGCCCAUGACCCGCUCUGGGAUAAUUUUGACCCUUUUUUUUUUUCAGGAAAGAGGGGAAUUGAGCGAAUUUGCUGUCUGUAAUGUGUUUAACGUGCCCUCUCACCAUGGCAGGUUCCCUUCUCUCGCUUGCCCCGAAGUGACAGGACCUUCUUUCUGUCCUUUGAGCCAAGGUGGGGUUUGCAGAGAGACCAGCACUUUUGUGCCGCGACGUUCCCCCCCAGCCUUGGGAGAUGCUUGGAUUUUUUUACCAGCUAUGCAAAGCCAAGGGUGGCCGUCCUUGGGACGGGACGAAUCCGGUCUAUUUAUUCUUUAUUUAUUAUUUUAAAAGAUGAAAUGUUUGCGCUUUACAAUCAUCCACCACCCGAGGUGGCAGAGAGGAGCUCCCCUCGCGCCCCCAUCCAAAGAGGAGGUGCCUCCAUCGCCAAAGCAAAACAGCCGAGUUCCUCCCCAAAAACCCCUCUCUCCUUUCAGAGUGGGAGGUUUGGGGCUGGCUUUUAGAAAACUUGAUUUUUUUUAUUUUUUUUUUUUGGUAACCCUUGCUAGUUUUUAACUGCCCGUGGCACAAAUUCUACCUACGUGUGCAUGUCCACGUACGCACACCCCCCACUGCUAACAAAUCAAAGGCACAAGAGUUUUAUAUUCUGAGCUGGGGACUGGACAGCUCGAGCCAGAGGCGUUUUUAUCUACCUGGGGAAUAAUAUUUGGGAUGCUGAAUUAAUGAUUGAUCUUUUAAUACGUAUCUAGUGGCCGCUGCCCAUGCUGCAGGUGGGUAUCUAAGUGCCUUAGCCGUCUGCUUCAGAGGUCCAAGGGAAAGACACAUUGUCAUCAAAGGAGAGAGGGAUGCUUAGCAGAGGAGAUGAUUAUGCUGAUUUACUGUAAUUAAUAUCAUUUAUGCAGAAGGAAUAAAAUUAAAAUAGAAACUAAUCUGUAGCAGCAAUAAGUGGGACGGGUUACGAGGCAGCACGCUUAGUACUGCCAGGGACUCGUGUAUCCUUUCACCUUUGUGUAACUACUUUCACUGUUUCCUACGUUUUUUUCUUAAACAAAUCUUAAUAUAAAAUGUACAGACCAGCUUUUAAAGAUAUUUUUAGUGUACAGUUUUUCCUCUUUUUCCUUUGCACGAAGCUCCCGUCCAUUCAAGCCGAGACGAUGGGAGAAAUUUAAUAAUGAAAGAAUUCAGAGGUGAGAAUCCUCAAUUUUAAAAAUUGUAACUCUUUUAUUAGACGCGACUCACACAACAAAAUGACAUUUCAUUUUGGAGUGUGACGAGUCUCGCUGAUGAAAGACCAUCCGCUAAUUAAUACAAUGCCUCUGAAACUGCCUUGUAAAUUUUCUAAAAUCCAUCUUUACCGUUUUUGUUUUGUUUUGUUUUAUUUUUUUCCUAAUUGCACUUUGUUCUGUUGUGCUGCGGAGAGUUCCCUGACGUGAAACAGCCCCCGGACCCGUCGUGGUGGUGGUUUUUCAGUCUCAGCAUUUCAUUUACUGGAUUUGGGGAGAUCUUUAGAACUUCUUGCUGUUUGCUUGGUGGCCCCUUUGGGGGGAGAUACGAAGGGAAGGACCUGCCUGAGUUCUUUUUGAAGCCUCUUUUCCCAGGCUGCUGUCUCUGAAGGCUGGAAUUCUGCAGCACCAAGGUACAGGGAGGGAAGUCGCAGGAGUGACGGGGUCGAGCAGAGCAGUUGGGUUGAUCAUUCACUCUUUAUGUGGCCAGCUAUAAAUUCCUCUGCCCGGAUUUGUGCUGUGGCUCUGAAAUACUUAAGGAGGCAUUUCAGUGUUUGCACGUCUGGAGCACGAGGUCGGAGGCUGCAGCCGAUGGAUUUGGGGUGAAUUCCCUCUCCCACCUGCCCCGGGUUGUGUUAGAAACCAUCACUGUGUGUGUUCACAGGGCUGUGAAACACGGGCUGAACAGAACGUGCUCGCUGCCUCCUCUGGGACAGAUUGUCCUGGAAGGCCAAACAAAUCCGAGUCAGCCCCACGGACAUUCCUAGAGGAUUUCUCUGAUUCCCUCCUGCUCACCCCGGCUCUCCUGGGCUUUCUUCUAAAGAUAUUUUCCAAUGUUUUGGCACAUCCUUCUACUCAAAGCCACCUGUCACUCUGCACCAGCUAAGCCAACUAACCAGAAAACAGUUUAAAAUCAUAACGAAGGUUAUAUACAUAUAUAUAUAUAUCUUUUUUUUAUUGAUAAUUUCAGAAAAACUCUACUCUUGCCACAGAGGAGGAGGUGCUCUUAACUGGAACCGCCCAGCAGCCGAGGCUGGGUUAAUAGCUAUGCAUAUUUUCCAAGAUUUUUCAUGCACUUUAUACAGGGAAGAAGAAUAUUUCCUGCAGGAACUGUCGUUCGUAGCGCGUGUCUCGGCUCCCGUGUCUGCUGGUGCUGCAGGUUUGCUUUCCAUACCCCCGAGCCAUGGCUGGGUCUGGGAUUUUGGAUGUAGAUGGUUGUGUUGUUGGAUGGGAAUUGUAGGGUUCCCAGCCCGUGUCCACAGCUACACAGGGGUGUGGGUUCUGAGCCGUGGUGUCCUUUGCUGCUGGCCAGCCAAAACGAUGAUGUUCUUUGGAGGGACUUUUGGGGGGUUUGGAUCUCUGUGUCCAAAGUCAUUCCUUUUCAGUCCGAGGACCUUGAUGCUUUCCUGUUUAAUGAUGUAAUUUAGUUGAGGAAAACUGAUAGAAAUGAGUUCUGCGUGGCAGUACUGCCUGAGUCCUUCAGAAGAGAGGUUUCAUAGAAUCACAGAAUGGUUUGGUUUGGAGAGGACCUUAAAGAUCAUCCAGUUCCAUCCAACCCUGUCUUUUGUCAGUGGUUGAGGUGGAAGCUCACCACUGCUGGGUGUUCAACACCUCUUUGCCCUCCUACCAACCAAGAACCCCCCCCCAAAUCCUGCCUAUCAGUCGUGAAAACCUGUAUGAAACGAGCGUGGGUGUUGUACAGACCUGUUUGUACUGUUGUGGAGCUGUUGAGGAGUCUUUUCUGUGCUGGUGCUCAUGUUGUCCUUACGCUGGUGCUGCCAGCUCUUUGCACAACAAGUUCCAUGUCCGCAGUGCCUUAUCCCUGGGUCAGUGACAGGUGGAGCCAGGGCUGGAUCUCACCCAGCCUCCAGGCUUGUUGGAAAGAUGGUGAGAAUCACAUGGGGUUGGAAGGGACCUCUGGAGAUCAUCUCCUCCACCCCCCUGCCAGAGCAGGUCCACCCAGAGCAGGUCCCACAGGAACGUGUCCAGGUGGGUUUGAAUGUCUCCAGAGAAGGAGACUCCACCACCUCUCUGGGCAGCCUCUGCCAGGGCUCUGCCACCCUCACAGGAAAGAAGUUCCUCCUCAUGUUGAGAUGGACCUUCUUGUGUUCAAGUUUGUGAGAAGUGAAUAGGUUCAGAGGGGUCACACUACAAAAUACUCCUGAGCUGGGGGUCACCAACAAGUGUCUUGUUCCUCCAUCUCCUUUCUCCAUCUUUGGUUUCUGUGCUCUCCACCCUCCUCCCAUGCCCCCGCUGUGUUUUUCACCCCCUAAGAAAUCUGGGCUGCUGCUCUUGGCUGGGUUUGGGGGUGUUGGAGCCUCCUGGCACAGCCUGGUCCUCUCUCUGGCACCCAAGAGAGAGCGGGGACGUGGCUGGGAGCUCCUUAAACCCAGGGAGAGGGAGGAGAUGCCGCGGUGCAGGCAGGAGGGAUGUGUUAAGAGAUGUUCCCCCUUUGUUUGGCAGGAGAAGGCAGCUGCUCUCCCCCUCACCUUCCCCUGCCAAACUCAUCCUGAAGCUGAUGGAGAAGCUCAGCUCCCGAGCAAUAAGGGGCAGGGGGUGAAGCAGCUCCUUCCCACCUCCCUUCAGCCCUCCCUUGUCCUCGGUGCCACCUCCCCGCAGCAUCGUCACAGCCCCCGGUGGCUCCUCCACCACCCCCCAUGUCCCCCCCUGUGCCUUGGAAAAGCCUUUCCCAGCUCGUCCCUCUGUUGGUGUCUGUAAAUGUCGUGGGUCUGUAUAUAAAGAGUGGCUCUUUACCCUGCUCCGUGUCCGUCGGCGUCCUUUAAAUGAGCUAAAAAUCCAAAGAUGAUACUUUGUAAUGAGCUGUAAAGUUUUUAAUUAUUUCUGUACAAUACUAAAUGACUGUAAUAUUGUAUUAUACAUGCCGUGCAGCCUGCAGUACCUAAAUAAACGUCUUCUUUAGAGCCGG